AUGAAACUUAUAGCCUGUUUUCUGGUAGUACUCUGUCAUCUUCUGUUUACCACACAAGUCUGCCGCGCAGUGAUAUGCACAACCAAUUUGGGAUUGGAGUACCGUUCUGAACAAAUCUCCAGAAAUCAGCUGACCUACUCUAUAAACGCGUGCUGUCCGUGUCGGUCUCAGCCAAUCAGAUAUCAGCUAAAACUCUGUGGGCUUCUAGAUCUCGUCACAAAGAUCAACGUCAUCAUAUCACAGGCGGAAAAUCGACUCAAUGCAUUUGCAUCGUCCAUAUUUGGAGGAGAUGAAUCUUGCUCCCAAGAGCACCAUCAUGUAGCGGUCACUUAUGAGAAUGUAUCGGAUGCUCUUCUGAACUCCUAUCAACAGCUGACAGGAAUUGCCCUAAAAUUCCACAUCAUUCAAUACCACAACAAUUCAAGGAUUGGCGUCAUAUCCGGAAUAGCAGACGACAUUGGUGACACGCUUUGUCACCUUCAGUCUUUGCUGGGGGACACUGAGAUGUCGGAGGUGGUCUAUAAAAGGAGCCAGACCAUCACAGACAUGGACAUCAGUCAAAUGGUGCCUUACACGUGCCGCACUCUGAACCAAAACGUCGCAAGCCUCAACAACAUGAAAGAAGAUUUGCGGACUACACUUUUGGCGAAGUUGAACGAUUUCGCUUAGA